CUUGAAUGCAAAGAAAAUUGGAACCUGCAAGGGGAGAUGAGAAAUCAUUGGAAGGUUUGCAUUAGGAAAAUGGCUUAGUUCAAGUUUGGACUUCAGAAAGUUCAUUCUGAUAGAAGAUUGAUUUGGAAGGGAUGAGACCAUAGGCAGGAAAAACAGAAGGGCCAGGAGAAAAGUCUGGGUGAGAGAUAGAUGUUAGGGAACACCCUCAUUUAGGGAACAGGUUCAGAAGGAGGGUACUGAGGAGUCAGAGAAGGUUAGGGAUGGACUGCAUAGGAUAUGGUGGUGUGAGGUGAGCCAGAGGAGUUUCCAGUAGUGAUUAAUCAGCAGCAUCAGAUGGGAUAGAGUGCCUAGGUAAAAGAGAACUGCCAAGUGGCUUGGAUGAGGCCGCUAGAUCACCAAGUCCCCUUACAAGAGCACUGUUGUCAGGACUGGGACACCAGGGUGAGCAGAGUGAGGCACUCACCUUAGGCACAACAUUUAAGGGGGGUGCUCAACUCAGUAAUCAGGACAAAUAAUAUUUUAGUGCAGUAUUUUGAAAAAAAUUGACAUUCAUGCAAAAAAUUCACAAUAAACAAACUAUCAAAAUUUAAAAUAGACACAGCAUCAGUUUACAGAUUUUUCUUUGGCCUCAGUUCCAGUAUGUCUGCAUACUGAGUGUCGUUUUGUAAGGGAUAUGGUGAGAGGGAGGAUACAGGAAGGGCAUAUUGAGUGAAUCAGAAUUGUAAGAGUUGAGGCACUGAGUGCAGACUCUUCCUUCAUGAGGUUCCAGCUUUAUGUGAAGCGAAAUAAAGUGAAAGGGUUGUUGGCCUCGGGAUCUCAGGCUUAAGGUUUUUUAUUUUUUUUUUCCUUUUUUUAGUUUCAUUUCUCUUUUUAAGAGAGGAGAGACUUGAACAUGUUGAUAAGCUGGAGGUAGAGAGGGGUUGAUGAAAGAGUAUUUGUAGGGGCUCAUGGAGACGGAAGGGCACAGGGGGAGGGGAUGGUCCUGGCAAGGCGAGGAGCAGCAGGUGCUGGCCCCACGGUAGGAAGGUGCGAGAUUGUGGGAACUUACUUCUGAUAAAUGCAAGUUCAACCCAUGAGAAAUGGCCCUAGUAAGGUACACGAAAGCCAUGAAGGUUGGAGCAGUCAGGCAUAGAUGGGAAGGAGCUGACCAAGGUCCUAUAAAAGCCAUUGUGGAGCAGUAAUAAGGGGUCAGCUCAGCUUGAAGGCCACCAGUGUUUGGUGUGAUCUUUCUCCCUCUCCUCAGCAUGACUUGCUACUCUCAGUGUAUGAGUGGCGGAGGCUCACCAUCCAGAGGUGGGAUGCUGGGGUGGCCAACCAUCCUGAGACUCCUGGGACCGAGGAGUGUCCUGAGAACACAGACAGGAUUUCUGGCAUGCCAGGAGAAGUCCUGUACUGGAGGUGUUUGCAGAGUUGGUGGUCAGUAGGCAAAGGGCAAGACUACUGCAGACACUGGCCAGAGAGAGUUCCCACGUGCUCUAGGUCUAGUCUGGCUUGAAAAGGAAGUGAGGUCAUUAUCUGGUAGCAACUUGUGAAACUCCGUUUAUUCAUUGAUUCAUUCAACAAAUACUCAUGAAAUGCCAGCUAUGAGUCAGGCCCUGGACCCAUGCACAGGAAUUGCGUAGAUUAUCCUUCUUUGGUGGAUAAGGUCAGCCAGUGCUCAGGACCUGUUCUCAUCUCUGUCUAGAGGAUGGAAAGGUACAAAGGUACAAACUGCGUUUUCUAGACUCCUUUGCAGCUGGCAUGUGAUCUAAGUUCUGCCAACUACGUGCACUCAGGUUAGAGAGACCAGCGAGCAAGAACCUCUACCCUGAAUUGGAGACAGAAAUUACUUUGCUACGAGGACGUAAAAGAUUGCCUUUUAACCACAGAACUCCAUUGGAAAGGGUUUUGGAAGACAUGAAGAAAACCAUCAGAAAUGAAGUCAGCAGCCUCAUGGCCUCUUACUGACUAGAGUGGAGUUUUAUUUCGACAGUUUUUUUGGAACGACACUGUGCACGAUGUCUACUGAGGUCAUCCAUCAGGUUGAGGAAGCCCUUGAUGAGGACGAGAAGAAAAUGCUGCUUUUUUUGUGUCGGGACGUUGCUGCCGAUGUUGCUCCGCUUAACGUCAGGGACCUUCUGGAUAUUUUAAGUGAGCGAGGACUGCUGUCUGCCAUGGGCUUGGCUGAGCUGCUCUACAGAGUGAGGCGCUUUGAUCUGCUCAAGCGGAUCUUCAAGAUAGACAGAAAGGCAGUGGAGGCCCACCUGCUCAGGCACCCUGGCCUUAUUUCAGACUACAGGGUGCUGAUGACAGAGAUUGGUGGCAAUUUGGAAAACUCUGAUUUGUCCUCAUUAUUUUUCCUCAUGAGGGAUUAUCUUGGUCGGAAAAAGGUAGCCAAGGAUAAGAGUUUCCUAGAUCUCGUGAUCGAAUUAGAGAAACUAAAUCUGAUUGCUCCCGAUCAGUUGGAUUUAUUAGAAAAAUGCCUGAAGAACAUCCACAGAGUAGACCUGAAGACAAAAAUCCAGAAAUACAAGCAGUCAGCUCAGGGACCUGAAACAUGUUAUACAAAUGCACUCCAGGCAUCAUUCCCAAAUUUGAGUCUUAAGGAUCCUUCAUGUAACUUAAGGCUCCAGAAUGGGAGAAGUAAAGAACAAAGAUUCAAUGUGGGACAACUUGACUUUCAAAGAGAAUCAGUGAAGGCGUCCAUCCAGGAGUCAGAAGCAUUUCUACCGCGGCACAUUCCAGAGGAGAGAUACAGGAUGCAGAGCAAACCCCUGGGAAUCUGCCUGAUAAUUGAUUGCAUUGGCAACGACGCAGCAUUUCUUCAGGACACCUUUACUUCCCUGGGCUAUGAAGUUCAGUCUUUCUCGUAUCUGAGUGUGGACGAUAUAAUCCAGGUCCUUCGCCGAGUUGCCUGCAUGCCUCAACACCGAGACUACGACAGCUUUGUGUGCAUCCUGGUGAGCCGAGGUGGCUCCCACAGUGUGUUUGGCGUGGAUCGGACACACUCAGGGUUCCCUUUGGAUCAGAUCAGGAGGAUGUUCAUGGGAGACGCGUGCCCUUUUCUCUUAGGGAAGCCAAAGCUCUUUUUUAUUCAGAACUACGUGGAGUCAGAGGACCCGGUGGACAACAGCAGCUUGCUGGAGGUGGAUGGACCAGCGGUCAACAACCUGGAAUCGAAAGCCAAGCAGCCUGGGUCAUCUACCAUUCACCGAGAAGCUGACUUCCUCUGGAGCCUGUGCAAGGCGGACGUGUCCCUGUUGGAACGGUCCUCCAGCUCUCCGUCAUUGUACCUGCAAUGCCUCUCCCAGAAGCUAGGGAAAGAAAGAAGACGCCCGCUCCUAGAACUCCACAUUGAACUCAAUGGCAGCGUGUAUGAUUGGAACAGCAGAGCGUCUGCUAAGGAGAGGUACUAUGUCUGGUUGCAGCACACGCUGAGAAAGAAACUCAUCCUGUCUUGUGAAUGAACAGCCAAAAGCCUUUCCUGCUCCCGCCGUCUCCACCACUAGGCCAGAAGUAGUUUUCAAGCGAGGGUAUGUGUCAUGUGGGGAACAUGAGGUCCUGUAUGUGCUGAAAUGAGCCUCAGUGAGGACUGCGAUCAGGGAGGCGUGUUUGAACUAAAGCCUCUGGGUGGAAGGCUUUGGUCUCUUGCUGAAAGUGUCUGAAGCCCGUGUUAGGAAGGAAAUGGCUGUGAAACUUGAAAAACCAAGUGCUGGUUGAGUUGGGUGCCUCAGGAUUUUGUUGCCUUCCUUCGUGCCAAUAAGUAAACCAGAGCCAUGGAGACAGGGUUGUAGUCACACAUCUACCACUAUCCUACUACUACUAUAAAUUUAGUGAAGGAUAUGAACAUUCAGUACAUAGCCUUGUCUUUGUGAUUGGACAUUGUCUGUCUGUCUAAGACUCCAGUUCUAGUUCACAGCUAACCACAUGCAUUUUUCUUUCUCACAUUUGGUGGGAUGACCUGAAAGGCUAUCAUUAUUUAAAAUUGCAUUUAAAGGGGCACCUGGGUGGUUCAGUGGGUUAAAGCCUCUGCCUUCAGCUCAGGUCAUGAU